UAAAAUAAAAAUAUAGAAUUUUUAUACGGAACAUGGCUACCGUUGAAGAGGAUGAUUUUGUUGAUGACCAGUUCGAGUCACUUAUCGUUUUCCCAGAAGACGUUCAAAAUGCUAUUGAACAGGUUCUACCCAGCGAGGAUCCAUUAGACAAGCCUGAUUUCAAUCCAGUGGAUUACAUAAACACACUUUUCCCAACGGAGCAAUCCUUGUCAAAUAUUGAUCAAGUUGUUGGUAAAAUCAAGCAGAAAAUAUGGCGACUUGACGAUGAGAUUAGGACAGUUGUACGUGGACAGACCAAUGUGGGAGAGGAGGGGAGGCAUGCGCUGGAAGAGGCUCAGCGAGCCAUUCAGGAUUUGUUCAGCAAGAUCAAAGACAUCAAGGACAAAGCAGAGAAAUCUGAGGAAAUGGUUAAAGAGAUCACCAGGGACAUCAAGCAGCUGGACCAUGCCAAGAAACACCUGACUGCCUCCAUUACCACAUUAAACCACCUGCACAUGUUGGUUGGCGGUGUGGAAUCACUCACACUGAUGACCCAGAAGAGACAGUACGGUGAAGCUGCCAAUCUUCUGCAAGGUGUCCUGAAUGUCUUGGACCACUUUGAGAGAUACAUGGAGAUACCUCAGAUCAAACAACUAGCAGACAGAAUUAAACAGAUCCAGUCUGAACUCAGUACACAAAUCAUAGCUGAUUUUGAGGAAGCAUUUCAAGGGUCAGGGGCCAAGUUUGGCCCUAGCAACAAGAAGCAGCUUCAUGACGCCUGCUUUGUGGUCAACAUCCUUGACCCCAAGGUGAAGAGAGACUUGCUCAACUGGUUUGUCAAACUCCAAUUGUCCGAAUACUUGGUUCUGUUUGCCGAGGACCAGGAAGUUGCUUGGUUGGACAAGAUUGAUAGAAGGUACGCCUGGAUCAAGAGAGCUUUGGUCGACUUUGAGGAAAAGUUCGGCCACUUGUUUCCUCCAAACUGGGAAGUCAGCGAGAGAAUCUGCGUGGAGUUUUGUCACAUAACAAGAAAAGAGCUCUCCAAAGUUAUGCAGAAACGUCGCAUGGAAAUUGAUGUGAAACUCUUGCUGUUUGCUAUUCAGAGAACCAGCAACUUUGAGAGCCUUAUAGCCAAACGUUUUACUGGAGUCACAUUACAGAAGACACAGCCAAAGACGACAUCGGCCAAUGUUUCAACUGCUCCUGCAUCUACCAAUCCAUUUGAAGAGGCAGCCACCAAUCCAUUUGAGCAGACGCCAGACAAGAGUGGUGAAGAGGAAACUAAGAGCAAUGCGGAAAGUCUGGCGUUGUUUACAGGAAUCAUCUCCCAGUGUUUUGAGGCUCAUCUUAAUGUUUACAUUGAGAACCAAGACAGAAACCUGGCCGAGCUGAUUAGCCGUUUCCAGGCAGACAUUCAGGCGCAUGGCACCCCAAGGAUGGAUGGGGAGGAGAACAGCAACGUGCUGCCGAGCUGUGCCGACCUGUUUGUCUUCUACAAGAAGUGUAUGGUUCAGUGCUCCCAGCUCAGCACUGGCCAGCCGUUACUAGAUCUGACCAAGACCUUCCAGAAGUAUUUGAAGGAGUACGCUCAUAGAAUUCUCCUGGCCAACUUGCCAAAAGUGAGCAAAGACACCAGUAACAUCAGCUCUGCGUCUGGUUUGAUUCAAAGCAUUCUCAAGGAAGGGGAGGUCACCAAGUUCACAGAAGAGGAACAGUGCCGCAUUUGUAGCCUGCUAUGUACCGCAGAGUAUUGCAUGGACACGACGCAGCAACUGGAGGAGAAACUGCGGGAGAAAGUUGACAUGCAGCUCAAGUCCUCUGUUGCUCUCAACGCUGAACAGGACAUGUUUCAUUCAGUUAUCUCCAGCUGCAUCCAGCUGUUGGUCCAGGACCUGGAGACUGCUUGUGAACCAGCUCUGACAGCCAUGACCAAGAUGCCGUGGUCAAACAUUGAGGCUGUCGGAGACCAGAGUGGCUACGUGACGGCCAUUACCUCACACCUCAAGGCCAACAUUCCCAUCAUCAGAGACAACUUGGCCUCGUCCAGAAAAUAUUUCACGCAGUUUUGUGUGAAGUUUGCCAAUUCCUUCAUUCCAAAGUUUAAUGGAACCUUGUACAAGUGUCGCCCAAGUAACACAGUGGCAGCUGAACAGUUGUUGCUAGAUACACACAGUCUCAAGACAGUUCUUCUAGAACUUCCAGGCCUGGGAUCACAAGUAUCUCGCAAGGCUCCAGCCAGUUACAUCAAGAUAGUAGUGAAAGGAAUGACCAAAGCGGAAAUGAUUUUAAAGGUUGUCAUGUCCCCACAUCAUCCACCGCAAGAGUUUGUGGACAGUUUUAUUCGACUUUUGUCUGGCUCAGAUAUCAACGACUUUCAGAAAAUACUGGAGAUGAAGGGGCUACGACGAGGUGACCAAAACUCCCUUCUUGAAAUGUUCCGAGCUCGUGUUCCAGUGUCUUCCAUCUUGGCCAGCACAAGCCCCGGAGGAAUGCCCACCUCGGCAGCGGCGGUGACGUCACAGAUGCCAUCGUCCGCACCUGAGCCAGAGUCUAGUCGUAUACGUAAACUUGAGAAGCUAAUUAAGAAAAGAAUUUAAAUUAGGGCAUCGUUAGGCUAUCUUUAUGUUGAUCUGUUGAUCCUCAAUGCUCUUAGAGAUGAUUAAUCACAUCGCUAGAGCUAGUACAACCUUCAUUAGUAUCAGGUUGCAAUUGUAUGUAUAUUUUAAAAAUAUGUGACUCCUCAAUGUUUCAUUCAAGAUGUGAAUAUUUUAUGAAAUCAAUGACUCACGUCUUCGUGUAGUUUUACUAUGGCAAAUGGAAAACUUGUUAUUUAAGUGGGGAAAAAAAGGCCUGUGCUUUUCUCCCCUUGUUUAUUGUGUUACCUCCCUUGCCUGUGAGUUUGUUGACAUAGUCUGUGUUUGCUUGAGUGAUUGUAAAGUUCAAUAGUCAUUGUUUCAUUUGUAUUAACUUACAUUAAGUAAAACUAGAAGAGCAUAGUCUUCGCUUUCUAAGAUUAAAGAAGACUGCUGCAUUUCACAAGGCCUCCUUGUGACCUGAAUAUUUUUCCACAUCUAAUGCAGACAAAGCCGUCGUCUGCCAGGAUUCUAUUUAAGUUUUCUUUUUGUCAUCUGUGUCUGUCUUCAGCAAGAGCCCUUCAUUGGGUCUCAAAUGUGUGUCCCACAAUUUUCUUGAGUGUUCUCCGUCUCUUCCAGAGACCAUCUGCUUCCAGAGGCCA